AGGAUAAAGGAAAAGGGGGAGUUAAGUAAAAUCGGCCUAAAGAAAAAAAAGCGUAUCAGUAAAAAAAAUAAGGAAAUACAUUUAUGAAAUUACUAAUAUUAAUAUCAUGUAUAUUAUAUAAGUAGUUUUAAAUGAAGACGUAUUGAAAUCGACAGAAGGAAAUCCCUCCCCUUUUAUUCUUGAGUUGGUAUAUUCCAGUGCCUGACGAACUCAUUACUGUAGGACGGCUGUGUUGGUCUUUGUUGCUUUUAGCUGGAUUUGUUUUUCACAGUAAUAAAUAAAUAAACGGAUUAUUAUCAUUCUCUGUCCAUAUUAAUAACGUCCCCAUAAAGAUGGAUGAAAGAAGUUACGGAUCUUUGCCUCAUGUGCCCUCGGAUUAUGUUCAGCACUGGGUUCAGUCAGCACAGCAGCAUCUCCAAGCCCUCCACGCUCAGUACUCUCAUAUGGCUAACGGUAAUGUUGCCAGCUUCAUGGAAGGACACGGAGAAGACCCUGGAAUGACAGAAACGCAUGUCCAGGAGCCACUUGCUGCACCGCUUGAACCCGGGGCUCCCAAGCAAGCUCCCACUAAAGGAAAGAGGGGCAGACCUGCAAGCAAAGAGCCUAAAGCUAAACCAGGCCCCAAGCCUAAGAAGGCCAAAGCAAACAAAGAGGGCCAACCAGCUGAAGGAACACAGGAGAAGAUUGACGAGUCCUUCAAGAAAGUUAAAAGGAAAAUCGAUCGCUUCAAGGGCAUGUCCGAGGAGGAGGUCAUGAAAAAGACUCUUCCAGACAUCCUUACAUACAACCUGGACUAUGUAAUUAUUGGAAUAAAUCCAGGCUUGAUGGCUGCCUACAUUGGAAGAUGGUUCCCUGGACCUGGGAACCAUUUUUGGAAAUGCCUGUUCCUGUCUGGAUUUACUGAGCAGCUGUUGAACCACAUGGAUGAUCAGUCUCUCCCUGAGAAAUACGGCAUUGGCUUCACUAACAUGGUGCAAAGAGCAACACCAGGAAGCAAAGAUCUCACAAGUAAAGAGCUUCGAGAAGGUGGCAAAAUUUUAGUGGAGAAGAUUAAAAAGUUCAAACCUCUCAUAGCAGUUUUCAACGGGAAAUGUAUAUAUGAAAUGUUCUGUCGAGAGCUAUUUGGGAAAAAGCCCAAAACUCUGGAAUUUGGCUUGCAGCCACACAAGAUUCCUGACUCGGACACGGCGUUGUAUCUGAUGCCCUCAUCAAGUGCCCGCUGUGCCCAGUUCCCUCGAGCUCAGGAUAAAGUGCACUUCUACAUCAAGCUCCGAGAACUCCGAGACCAACUGAAGGGUGUGGCCAGGCUCAAGGAAGUAGAGGAAGUCAAUUAUACCUUUGAUCUUGGCAUGGCUAAAGAGGACGCGAAGAGAAUGGCCAUUAAGGAGGAGCAGUACGAUCCUGGCUACGAGGUUGCGUAUGGAGGGGCGUAUGUGGAACCUGGAUUUGAGGCAGGCAAUGGCCACUGUGCCUUCACUUCUGGAGAAGCAGAAGCAGUAGAGAAGGAGCCUAGGAAUCCAAAUGCAGUCGGCCAGCUUCCAGAUGGCCAGUGGAUGACCAACUCCUUCGCGGAUCAGAUUCCCGAGAUCGGCAGCUCAUCACAAGUUCAGGCAGAGGCUGUAUGAACAAGACCAUCAUCUCAGUAAGGGAUGUGACUCCUGUGUUCAUCCGCAGCUCUCCUCUCGUGCAGUGCCUCUCAAUACGUAUUGGAGCAAUCUCAAUACGUGCACUGACUCUCUUCUGCUUGCUGAUUUGUUUAAAAUCUGUUACAUUAGGUAAUAAGGCCAUUAUGGUUGCUGUGUGUAAGUCACUCAGCAGAACAGGAUGAUGAGUUGAUGAUGAUUCGAAGCAGAAACGGAUACUUCAGCAACUCGCGUCACCUGCUGCUCUCAAUAGCGAUAAACUGUACCUCAGUUCUUCAACUGAAGACUCUUAUCACGAAGCACUCAACUAAAAGGGAUGCAUUUGAAUUUUUUUCAAUUUUCUUUGCCAUGAAUUUGAAGUAGGAUUUUAGGAAGUAGUAUUUCUAUAGAAUUUUUUUUUUUAAUAUUCUGUGUCCAAAACAUUUUUGUUUUUGCUUAGUAUAUAAGCACUGAUGCAUUUGUUUUAUUUCAUGUGAUAUCAGGGAUUGAUACUUGAUUUUAAGACAGAACAGUAACAGUAUGUAGUUUGAAUUGGUUAAAUUUUUUUCUUCUCGUGCAAAACGUGCACGAUUCUCUGCCUGGAAGCCGUUUACAUACAGUAGGUAAGCAUGGAAAUAGUAAAGAUUAUGAAUCCCCUUUUUAUAUAAAAGAUGGUGUUAGGGCAAGUAGCAUAGGUGAAAUUAUUAAAACAUUUGUAAUCAAAGCAGACACCAUGAUUAAUCGCUCAAGGUGCAUUUUUAAAUGAUUAUACUGAUGCAAUCAUGUGACUGUGUGGUGUUGAUUUGGUAUUUGUGGAGUAGUUGUCUCCUGUGACAUGAAAUUAUAAACGCGAGUGUCAAAGACAGUCACGCUACCUUCUCAAGUACUGUAAAACGGUGUUUUUAUGACACAUGGUACUGUGUGAAUUUUAAAGCUUUGAUUUACUGUGGUUUUACUGUUGAUAUAAAAUGCUCUUGGUGCUAAUUUGUUCUUAUUGUAAACAUGAUUACGUUUUCCCUCUAUUAAAAUUUUAUUGCAUUCAA